GCUUACGGAAGAGGGCAAUCAAAUUAAUGAUGUGAAAGGCAUUAUGAGAGAUGGGGCAUGAAGCUACCAGAACACACACUCUCUCUCUCUCUCUCAUCUCUUCAACCAGAACCCACUCUUCUGAUGACUAUAAAUAAGGUAUUCAUGUCCCUUCAAGUUCAUCAUCCAAUACUUGAAAGCUCUCUUCCAAUCUUUUCGUGAAUUCUACUCUGCUGUUUGAUUUCAGUUUCAAAAUCCUCAAAAAUGUCGCUCGUUCCAAGCAUCUUUGGGGGCCUUCGAACCAAUGUAUUCGAUCCAUUCUCUUCUCUAGACAUUUGGGAUCCCUUCUUCACCUCCUCAGUCGCCAACAUUCCUGCUUCAGCACGCGAAACCUCUGCGUUUGCCAACACCAGAAUCGAUUGGAAAGAAACCCCGGAAGCUCAUAUUUUCAAAGCUGAUCUUCCGGGGUUGAAGAAAGAGGAAGUGAAGGUUGAGGUGGAGGAAGGAAGAAUUCUCCAGAUAAGUGGAGAGAGGAGCAAAGAGCAGGAGGAGAAGAAUGACAAAUGGCACCGCGUCGAGAGGAGCAGUGGCAAGUUCCUCAGGAGGUUCCGGUUGCCGGAGAGUGCAAAGAUGGAUCAGGUGAAAGCCAGCAUGGAGAAUGGUGUGCUCACUGUCACUGUGCCCAAGGAGGAAGUGAAGAAGCCUGAAGUCAAGGCUGUUGACAUCUCUGGCUAACUUUAAAAAAAUGCCUUCUCUUUAAACAAGUCAUCCACGAAUAAAUGUGAUUCCAAUAGUCUGUUUGUGUGUGAGAGAGUGUUGUGUGCUGUGUUUUGUUUCUCAGUUUCAGUUUGGUGACAUGAAAAACCUUUGUUGUUGUGUCACUUGUUAUCCAAUAAAUGAAUGCCUAGUGUAUUUUGCUAUGAUAA